CUUCAGCUCGUCUUGCUGCCUCUGUCUCUCCACGCGCGCACACCGACUCGCUCGCAACUCCUUAGACUCUGGUGGCGGCUCAGGAUUCUGAUAAGGCGCAGCCGGUGCGCGAGAGGAGCGGUGCAGGAUGAAAGAGUCCGUGUCCCACAAGGCUCCGAAGGUCAUUAAGAAAUUGCAGUUCAGUCUGCUCAACAAUCAGGACACGGUCAAGCUCGCCGAGUUCGAAGUUACUCAUCGCGAUCUCUACACUCCCAUCGACCGCCUGCCCGUUAAGAACGGCGUCCUCGAUCGACGUCUCGGAACAACAGAGAAGAGCGCUUACUGCGAAACCUGCGGCCUCAAUUCCGUCGACUGUGUCGGUCACUAUGCGUACAUCAAGCUCGUUGUUCCCGUCUUCCAUAUUGGCUACUUCAAGCACACCAUUAGCAUCUUACAGUGCAUAUGCAAAACAUGUGCCCGAGUGCUGCUUGAAGAACCCGACCGUCGCGCGUACCUCAAGCGUUUCCGGAGACCGAACCUUGAGAAUCUUCAGAGACUGAACCUCUGCAAGGCCGUUCUCGCUCUUGCACGGAAGACUGUCUACUGUCCUUAUUGCUCUGCCACCAAUGGUGUCGUCAAGAAGGCCGGCGCCCUCAAGAUCAUCCACGACAAGUUCCGCGCCAAGAAGACAGCAGAAGAGAUGGAGAAAUGGAAGAGGACGUUUGGACCCGCUGUAGAGGCCCAGAAAGAGCUCGGCAUGUACAUCAACAAGGCCGUGCACGAGGACUUGAACCCGCUGAAGGUCCUUGACUUGUUCAAACGUAUCUCAAACGAGGAUUGCGAGUUGCUUGGUCUUCGGCCAGAGUUUGGAAGACCCGAGCAGUUCAUCUGGCAAUACAUCUCCGUCCCCCCUGUCGCCAUCCGCCCGUCUGUCGCGCAGGACGGCGCGUCGAACGAGGAUGAUCUGACUGUCAAGCUCACCGAGAUUGUCUUCAGCAAUGCUCUUAUCAAACAAGGUCUUCUUAAAGGUGCUCCCACUGCACAAUUCAUGGAACAAUGGGAGUUUCUUCAGCUGUCAGUUGCCAUGUACAUCAACUCCGAACUGCCCGGGGUCCCUUCGCAAAUGGGCCAGAAGCCAAUACGUGGUUUCUGCCAGCGACUGAAGGGCAAGCAGGGUCGUUUCCGUGGUAACCUCUCCGGAAAGCGUGUCGACUUCUCUGGCCGUACCGUCAUCUCGCCUGAUCCUAAUUUGCGAAUUGACGAGGUUGCCGUGCCCGAGCGCGUUGCCAAGAUCCUCACCUAUCCCGAACGCGUCACGGCUCACAACAUCGACCGACUGAAGAAGGCGGUUCGGAAUGGUUGUGACGUCCAUCCGGGAGCCAACUACGUUACCGCAGGUAGUAAUGGGUUCAAGAAGUACUUGAAAUUCGGCAACCGAACUGCCAUUGCCGAUGGCCUGCGCGUAGGUGAUAUUGUCGAGCGCCAUGUGAUCGACGGGGACAUCGCGUUGUUCAAUCGACAACCAAGUUUGCAUAAGCUUUCGAUCAUGUGUCACCGGAUUAAAGUACGACCAUGGCGCUCUUUCCGCUUGAACGAGUGUGUAUGCGGCCCCUACAACGCCGACUUCGACGGUGACGAGAUGAAUCUUCACGUCCCCCAGACGGAAGAGGCUCGGACAGAAGCCCUCGAGCUCAUGUCCGUCAAGCACAACCUCGUAACGCCCCGAAACGGAGAGCCCGUCAUUGCCGCCAUCCAAGACUUCAUCACCGCCUCCUUUCUCCUCUCCCGCCGUGAUACCUUCUUCGACCGCCGCCAGUUCACGCAAAUAUGCUCCUAUUUCGGCGACGCAGAUCUCCAGAUCGACAUUCCACCACCGACGAUCUGGAGGCCCGUCCGGCUCUGGACAGGCAAGCAGAUCUUCAACGUCCUCAUGCGCCCAAACCGCAAGUCCAGGGUCUUCGUGAACGUGGAAAGCAAGUGCAACAAGGAGGAGAAAGCCGACACGAAAUGCUAUCCGUGGAUAGGGAAGCCCGCCCCAGAUCUGUCGCCGAACGACGGGUGGCUUGUCAUCGUGAACAGCGAGAUCAUGUGCGGUGUCAUGGACAAGGCGACGGUUGGGAGCGGAAAGAAGAAGUCUGUGUUCGGAGUCAUCAUGCGGGACUAUGGCCCACAUGAAGCCGCCGCUGCGAUGAACAGGGUCGCGAAGCUCUGUGCACGGUAUCUUGCCAACUUCGGAUUUUCAUUGGGCAUCAACGACGUCAUUCCUGGUCCCGUUCUGUCUGACAAGAAGGACUCUAUGGUCGAGGCUGCGUAUGCAGCUUGCGAGAAGCUCAUCAUUCGAGCGAAAAAAGGUCUUCUAGAGAACAAACCCGGUUGUGAUCAAGAGCAGACGCUCGAAGCCGAGAUCUCGAAGGUGCUGUCCGACGUUCGUGGCAACGUCGGUGAGAUCUGUAUGAAAGAGUUGAGCCGCCACAACGCUCCUCUGAUCAUGGCUACUUGCGGUUCUAAAGGUUCCGUCAUCAACGUCUCUCAGAUGGUUGCCUGUGUCGGGCAACAGAUCAUUGCCGGCCAUCGUGUGCCGGAUGGCUUCCAGGACCGCUCCCUCCCACACUUCCCCAAGAAGUCCAGGGAUCCUCCAUCCAAGGGUUUCGUGCGCAACUCCUUCUACACUGGGCUUACUCCAACGGAGUUCCUGUUCCAUGCCAUCUCGGGUCGUGAAGGUCUGGUCGAUACUGCUGUCAAGACGGCUGAGACCGGUUACAUGCAGCGACGUCUGAUGAAGGCACUCGAGGACCUAGUGACGCACUACGAUUCCUCAGUUCGUAACGCUGUUGGCGGUGUCGUGCAGUUCCGCUAUGGUGACGAUGGUCUGGACCCUGCAUGCUUGGAGGGUGACGCUCAGCCUGUGGAGUACGAGCGAGCUUGGAUCCAUGCUUGCUCCGUCGCACCAAGAUCUACUCGUGGUCUGCUUCCCUUCGAGAUCAUGGAUCACGUCGAUCGGGCACUCGCGACACGCAGGUUCACGUCAGAAUGUACAGCGGCCUACAUUGCGACAAUACGCAAGUUCAUCUCGGAGAACAUCGCGCAGAAGCUCGGAGAGGUCCGCAAGGCGCAUGGGAUGUUCGAAGCCCUCGAGCGCGAGGAGGAGUGGGAUGCCGACACUGACCUGUCCAUGGGGGCGUCCUAUGCUGACAAGAUCGCGGUCGACAACAAAGUCAAGGUCACCGAGGAGCAGCUCAAGCUAUUCCUCGACAUCUGUUGGACGAAGUAUGUCAAGGCGAAGAUUGAGCCGGGCUCCACAGUCGGUGCGGUCGGUGCACAGUCCAUCGGUGAGCCCGGAACGCAAAUGACGCUGAAGACGUUCCACUUCGCGGGUGUUGCGUCCAUGAACGUCACGCUUGGUGUGCCUCGUAUCAAGGAGAUCAUCAACGCCGCGAAGGCGAUCAGUACUCCUAUCAUCAGCUGUAAGCUCGUUACUGCUGACAGUGAGGCGUCUGCUCGUAUCGUCAAGGGUCGGUUGGAGAGGACGCAUAUCGGCGACAUUGCUUCGAUCCUUGAGGAAGCGUGGGCACCGGAGUACACGUACAUCGGAAUCAUUGUCGAUGCGAAGACCAUCCAAGAUUUACAGCUCGAGCUCACUCUGGAUGACAUCAAGUGGGCCAUCGUCGCUGCACGGAAGCUGAAGAUCAAGCAGGAAUCCAUCACAAUCAUUCCUCGCAAGAAUCGUCUACGCAUCUACAUCGACGGCCCAGACAAGUACUACCGCCUUCGGGAGUUGAAGCGCGCGCUGCCAGACGUGGUUGUCAAAGGUGUCCCGACCAUUCGUAGGGCCAUCAUCAACAUCAAGGAGGGCGAUGACCACCGCGGGAAGAAGGGCGACAAAGAACUUCUCGUUGAGGGAUACGGCCUGCAGAAGGUCAUGACUACACAGGGCAUCGUCGGCGAGCAGACCACUUCCAACCACGUCAUCGAGGUCGCACAGGUGCUCGGUAUUGAGGCCGCUCGGAAGACGAUUAUCAAUGAGAUCAACUACACGAUGAAGAGUCACGGUAUGAGCAUCGACCCACGGCACGUCAUGUUGCUGGGAGAUGUCAUGUCCUACAAGGGAGAGGUCCUUGGCAUUACUCGGUUCGGUGUGGCAAAAAUGAAGGACAGCGUCCUCAUGCUUGCCUCGUUCGAGAAGACGACAGAUCACCUGUUCGACGCAUCGGCAUACGGCAAGACAGAUGCUAUUGCUGGCGUUUCGGAGAGUAUCAUCAUGGGCAAUCCUGCAGCAAUGACAGGUACUUCCAUGCCUGCGCUCGUCACCCCUGCGCCGUCCAUUAGCAAGCCUCGGAAACUGCUGUUUGAAGGGGCUAUGUGAUGUUGUAUUCGCACGUGUUGUAUUCUAACUUAUGUCAUGAAGCAUCUGUACUCU